AUGAGAAUGAUAAAAAAUGUUAGAUAUAUUACGAAUAUAAAAAAUAAUAUUCAUACUGUAGAAAAUGUUUGCAUCAAAUAUCAUAAUAAAGGAGAAAAUAUUUUCAAUAUAUGUAAAUAUGAACCUCAUAUGUGUAAAACAUAUUUAUCAUAUGAUAAUCGAUUUAAUAUAAGUGAACAGAGAAAAAACUUAUAUAAAAAUAGGAUAAGUAAAUAUAUGUAUUUAAAGAGAAAUAAUACAUAUGAAGAUAUAAAAUAUUUAUUUUUAUAUAUAGAAUUUGAUAAGAAAGUUUUUAAACACUUUUUUGAAGAUUCUCUUCCUCAAAAAAGUAUAUCUCUUCAAAUUCUAACAAAAUUAAAUUAUUUACUUAUAUUAAAGAAAUUAUUAAAUGAUAAAAUAAAAAAUGAUAGGACAUUAAAAAGGUGUAUUCAUUAUAUAUGCAAUAAUAAUAAUAUUGCCAGUAAUUAUAAUAAAGAUUGUGAUAAUAAUGUUAUACAUACAUGUAUAGAACAACAUACAUCAAAAAAUAAAACAAAAAAUAUAAACAUAAAUGUAAAUGUAAAUACAAAUAUAUGCAGAAAUAAUGACAAUUUUAAUUAUAUAAACAAUUUAAAAAAUACAUAUGAAAUAUAUAAAAAUGAUGAAAACAAAGACAUAUUAAUAAAUAAUAAUAAUAAUAAUAAUAAUAAUAACAAUGAUUAUAUAUACAAAAAUGAUAUGAACAAUAUAUAUUCUUUUUCAAAUUCUUAUGAUGUAAAUAUUCAUUCCAACAAUAUGUUAGAAGAAAAUAGUUUAUAUGAUACUUUGAAUAAAUAUGAUAUAGUAAUAUAUAGCAAUAUUAAUAAUAAAAAUAUAAAACAUAUAUAUUUAAAAGAUAUAUACAAACAUAUAACUGAUCAAAUUAAUUAUCUCUAUAUGUUUGAUAACAAAUUAUAUGAUAAAAAUGUUAUUUUAAAAUUAUAUUCAUUUUAUGAAUAUUUUAAUGAUGAAUUAAUAGAAAAAAAAAAACAGUUAUUAUUUUUUCUAGAUAGAAUAAGCGAAAAGUUAUUAAACAGCAUGAAUCUUAUAGAUCUUGUAUUUAUAUUUCAUAUUCAUAUAAAAAUAAAAUAUUAUAAUUUUCUGUUCUUAUAUAUUUUAAUAAAUAAAUUACAUUUUUAUAUUCAAAACAUAGUCAAUAUAGAAAGUAAUCAAAAAUUAAAGGAUAUAAAAACAGAAUGUAUACAAUAUGAAAAUAAUAUAAAUAAAUUAAAAUAUGACAAUAUAUCAAUAAAUACACAUAACCAUAUUAAAUAUAAUAUUAAAUGGUUGACCUUAUUUUUUCAUUCUUUAAUACAAUAUUUUCUAUAUUUAAAUAAUUCAUCUGAUAUUUUAAUAAAUCAUAAAGACAAAGUUAUAUUUAUAAAACAUCUCUUAUACAAUAGCUUUUCUCAAAUGUAUCUCAAACAUUUAAGUGAUAAUUAUGUAUAUUUUACUCCUAUAAAUAUUUUAUCAAUAUAUUCAUCAUUCAAAAAUUUAAAUAUUAUAAAUGAUGAGACGUUAAAAUGUGUGUUGUUCAAAUAUAUAAACUAUAGCAAUAUUUUAUUACUUAACUAUAAGGGAGAAUAUUAUGAUUAUAAGGAUAAAGAUGUGAAUGAAUGUAUAAAUGAAUAUAUAGAUAUACAUAUAAAUAAAAAUAUAUAUAAUAAUAAUAAUAAUAAUAAUAAUAAUAAUACAAAUAAACACAUUUUUAUUUAUAAUAAUAAUGUACAGAUAUUUUAUUCUUCCUUUUUAAAUAUAUUUUCAAAAUUUUUUGUUCACUUUAAAUAUACCAUAGAGGAGUAUCAAUAUAUAAUAAAGAGUUUAUUAAUUUUAUUUGAUAAUUAUUUAAUAUUGAUACUACAACUAUAUGUUAAGAAUAAGACAGAUUUAUUACCUUUCUUAUGUAUGGAUGAAAAGAAAAAAAAUGAAUAUCUGAAGAAAUUUUCAAAAGAUAAUAAUAUGGAUAUGUUAUCUUAUAUAAAUGAGCAAGUAAAAAAAAAAAAGGCACUUAAUAAUAGUAAUAAUAAAUAUAAAAUUUGUGAUAAUUUAAAAUAUAUAAAUUUUAUAAACUUCUUAAAUAUUAUAAUGAAUAGUAAAUAUACAAAUAUAAAAUGUUCAUAUAAUUAUGAUAUAGAAAAUGUGGACAAUGUUAAAAAUGUUUUUAGUUUUUUUAAUCAUGACAAUAUAUUUUAUGUUGAAAAUAUUCAACACAAUAUAAAAUACAUUGUGAAUUCUUUAAAUUCUUUAUAUAAAAUUACAGAACAUUUUAUUAAUUCUUAUAAUAUUAAUGAAUUCAGUAAAUUAUUUAAUAAGACAUAUAUAUAUAAUUUUAUAACAAAAUUAAUAUAUAAUAAAUAUAUAGAUUAUAAUAUUAUACCAUAUUACAAUACAUUGAAUAGUUGUAUUCAUUUAUAUUUACAUGAUUAUGAAGAUAUACAUAAUAAUUUUAAUUAUUCUAUCAAUCGUUUGUUUAUUUGUAAUUAUAUAUUAAAUUUAUAUUUGACUAAUUUAGUUUCUGUCUAUUUGAAUAAAUUCAUAAGGAAUAUUAAAAAAGAAGAAAAAUAUAAUUUGGAAAGAGAAGAGGAAGAAGAAAAAAAAAAAAAAAAAAAAAAAAAAAUAUCACAAAAUAAACAACGUAGUAAUUUUAUUUAUUUAGAUGAUACAAAAGAAGAAACAGAAAAAAAUAAUUUUUUUAUUUUCAAAAAAAACAAUAUAUGUGAUACCUUUUUUUUCUCACAACUUGUGACAAAUACUCUAGGAGCUAUACAACAUAUGAAAAUAUUAAGAUAUGAUAUAUUUCUUCAAAUAUCUUAUAUUUUAAAAAAAAAUAUAUUCCCUUUAAGUUCAAUACAUAUAACUAAUAUUAUACAUUCAUAUGCUUCAUUUAAAAUACAAGACAAUGUCUUAAUAAAAUAUUUAUUAUAUAAAUUAAUAGAAACAAAUAAUUUAAAUAAUAAUAUUAAUGAUCAAUCGUUUGGAAAUAUUGCUAUAUCUUUAUUAAAAUUAAAUUAUUAUAAUGAUAAAAUUACACGUAUUAUAUUAAAUAAUUAUAAUAAGAUUAUAUCCUUACAAUCCUUAAUUAAUAUUACAUUUUAUUUAUGUUAUUAUAAUAAUGAAUUAUUAAAAUAUUUUUUAACAAAUCAUUUGAAUUAUUUUAUAGACAAAAUAUUUAAAUCAAAUAUGUUACAUAAUAUAAACAUGAAGGCUAAAACACAAUUAAAAUUAAUAUCCUAUCAAAUUUUAUAUAUACAUGAAUAUACUUCAAAAGCAAAUAUAACAUCUAAACAAUAUUCAUGUCUAUUUAAUAAUUUGUAUAAUAGAAAAAAUAUAUAUGAUUGUACAUCAUAUAAUUCUUAUAUAUAUGCAUUCAAAAAAGUAUAUAAUUUUUUAAAAUAUCAUCAAAAAAAACAGAAAUGGACACAUAACAGUUUUUUUAAAAAUAAUUAUAUAUUAUUACCUUAUGAGAAAUAUAUUAAACUUAUUAAUAAUAAUUUAUUAUAUAAUAAAUUUUUAAAAUAUCAUGCAAAAGAACAAUAUGAAACAAAUACAUUGUCUUGUAUUAAUAAUAUGUAUAUAAAUAAAAAUAUGAAAUAUGAAUAUACAAAUCAAAAUAAUAAUGGUAUUAAUUUGUUUGAUAUUUUUAAUUAUAAAAUUAUGAAUAGUAAAAUUAACAUGGAUAAUGAUGAAUAUAAAUUAAAAAAUAUAAUAAAAAAGGAAACAAAUAUGUCAUAUAAUAAUAAUAAUAAUAAUUAUGUCAACCAAUUUAAUAUUAUUGAUGACAAUUCUUAUUUACAUCUUCUAUUUAUCUCAGCAUUUCCAUUUAAAGAAACACAAAUUUAUUCACACUCAGAAUUAUAUAACCAAGUAUAUGACACAAUUGGAUCUUUAAAUUUGAAGAGAAGAAUAAUCAAAGAGUUGUUGCAUUAUCCAUAUUAUGUAGAUAUGGUUAUAAUAUAA